GUUCAAUGGCUAUCGUACGUAAACUCGUAGAGCAAUACUGGGUGGUUCACCACAAUACACGGCGGAUUUACCUCUGGGUUGCCGAGAGCUGUGGCGCGUUAGGAUGGUCAGACGGGCCAGGCAGCUGAGCCCACGACGGUUUAAACACCGUAACCUAGUCUGUCGCCUCCAACCCCUAGUCUUUUACUCGGUGAGAUGUCGUCAUUGAUGGUGAGGGUGUCAACCGGAACGCGUUCCGGAGGCGUCUAAUCAUAGGCUGCGAAAGAUCGCUUGUCGCUGGAAACGCCGAGCAUGGUGGGCGGACUGCGACCGAGCAGCGCCGAUGGCACGGACGAGCCACCGGUGUCCAACCUCGGGAGCUUCAGCCUCAACGAAUCCAUGUUCAGGCUCAGCGAACUCAUGAAGCUCCACGGCGUCUUUGAGCAAGACUCGGCGCUCACCGAGAAGCAGUUUGUGGCGCACUUUGGCUCGAUCCUCGGCGGCGACCACUGGACGCCGACGCAGAUCUCGCAGCUCUUUAUGAAGAUCGACGCCAACUCGGACGGAACGGUCGACUGGGACGAGUUCACGAACUUCAUGUUCCUCAACGCCAACGCGACCAAAGACGCGUCUGCGACCACGACUGCCGCCUUCCUGCCCCGCGAUGACUAUGUGGCCGAGGAGACGCCCGUUACGACGCAUCGGGCUCGCGACGUCUUUGUCGCGAUCGAGACGCUGCCGCGCAGUGGCCACUACCUCGCGUGCACCCACGGCGGCGUCAUUUCGACGUUCGCACCGACGGCGCUGAGCGCGCCGCUGCACACGUUCAAGACGACGAGGAACAAGUCGGACUGGGUCUCGAGUAUGGUCUAUUUGCGCGUGAGCGGCAAGGUGGCCAUCGCGUCCAUGGAAGCCGGCGUCGUCUUCUACGACCUCUCGACGCCGGACAAGAAACUCGUGUCCAAACUUCCGUUUUCCGAGUUGGAGCAUGCGACGCCGUUGAGUUUGAGCACGAUGGUCGACGAAGGCAGCAUGCGCGAGAGCCUCUUCAUUGGCGACGACGUCGGGUGCGUCACGCAAAUCACAUUUGACGAGCCGACGACGUGGCACAUUUGCGACGGUGAAAUUGGCUGCCACAGCAGCCCGACGCUCGACGGCUGCAAGAUUGCGCGGACCGAGCGCCACACCGACUAUAUUACGUGCCUCGAGUUUGUCGCGGACCUCAACUGCCUCGUCUCGGCGUCCCACGACGGCUCGAUCAAGGUCGUCGACAUCACCCGGGGCACACUCAAGCGCGACUUUCGGCAGCACCGGGGCGCCGUCUACUCGUUUGCGUGGUGCAAGGAGCCCAAGCUUAUUGCGAGCUGCGGCCUCGAGCGUCAAGUGUUGCUGUGGAGCCCGUACUCGAUCCGGCUCGUGGGACGGCUCGUGGGGCACACGUGCUCGAUCAAACAAGUCAUCUGGAACACCGCGUCGUACAGCCUCCUGAGCCUCGGCUUUGACGGCCUCGUGCGCGUCUGGGACGUGAAAAACUGCAAGUGCAAUCAGGUGAUCGAAGACGCGUCCCACGAACGCCACAAGGUGAGUCUCCUCACGUUCGACGCGCGCUACAAGCACUUGAUCACGGCGUCGAGCGCGCUGAACGACUGGCCGCUGCAUCCGAUGGUUGGCGUCCAAGAAGCGCUGCAGCUGCACGAACACCCGAUUUGCAAGCUCCUCUUCAACCCCUCGUUUCAGCAAGUCGUGAGCAUCGACACGAACGCGCAUGUCGUGCUCUGGAACCUCCUCGACGGCUCUAUGAUUUCCAACUUUGACAUCUCCGACUCGACCAUCACCGCCGCCGCGCUGGACGAGUCGGGUCGCCGGCUCAUCACGGGCAGCCACGCCGGCGACGACGUCAAGCUAUGGAACUUUAGCAACGGGAGUCUCCUAACGACGCUCAAGAAGGAGAAGGACGACCACCACCUCGAUGCCCUCUUGCACUUCAACCGCGCCGAGCUCGACGACGAUGCCGGCCGCAUGAAGCUGCCGCCAAGCCUGCACACGCAGAGCGUGCAUAUUCCCCGUGUGCCCCGGUGCAUGGCGUCCAAGUCGAACGAAAUCACGAGCGUGCUCUCGAUCACGACGUCGAUUCCGUUCUCGUCUGGGCGUGGCUUUGCGCAGACCAAGUACCUUGCGUGCACGGGCUGGGACCGCCGCGUGUACCUCUGGAACGACUCGAAUGCAACCGAGUACCUCCGCCGCAUGCCCGAGAAGCGGGCGACGGGGCACACGGACGACGUGCUCUCGCUGACCUUUUGCCCGCCCAAGAGCAUCGCAACGGGCGGCGUCGACGGCUGUGUCAUUCUCUGGGGCCUCAACUCGGGCGACCUCAUGCACAAGUUCCAGUUCUCAAGCGGAAUCGAAGCGCUCAUGUACCCGCCCAAACUCGGUCUCCUCGUUGGCGUCACCACGAACGCAACGCUGCUUCUCAUCAACCCGCGCCACACCUUUGUGCAUGCGACUGUCGAUUUACGGCAAGACGAUGCGCUUCUUGAAGUCCGCGUCGCGCGCUGCGACGUCGACGGCGAGCUCCUCUUCACGGGCCUCUCGAACGGCCACGUUCAAGUGUUUCGGCUCGGGUGCCCGGGGCGACUCCCGCUUUGCGUUGAGAACGUGCACGCGUGGGCUGCGCACGAAACCUCGAUCGCGGCGCUCGACUAUGUCGAAAUGGGCACCGUCCUCGAGACCUUCUUGCUCACAACGUCGGCCGAGUCGAUGGCCAGCAUCAAGCUCUGGACGCUCGGCGGUUGCCUCAUCGGGCUCUUUGGCCACGACCACUGGCGCCUCGACGACGCCAAGCUGCGCGACUGCGAUUACCCGCGCAGCCCCAACGUGUCGACGUGCGCCGCGACGCUCGGUCCGCCCAAGGCCAUCGAGCUCUAUCAAAAGGAGCUGCGGGGCCUCCGCUUGAACGCGCCGCCGGCCGUCGGAGACGUUUGGUUCCGGAAGGACGAGCUCGGGCUCAUUGGCGCAGUGCUGACGCUUACGAGCGUGAGCCGCAACAAGGGCAACGUCGAGGGCUACGACAACGCGCGAGUCGUGACCGAGAUGGCGCUGAGCGUGCUCUUUGACCACGCGUGGCACCGGCACGAGUUCCUCUCCGGACUCGUCGGCCGCAUCUUUGUCGAAGACGACGACGGACCGCUCUUCAAGGUGGCGUCGGCCGCGUACGUCGGGUCGCGCUGGCAGAUCCUCGACACGGACGGCGGCGCGCACACGCUGCCGGCCGAGAAGGACGUCGACCCGGUCGUGCUCAAGACGCCCAAGUCCGCUUCGCUCUACCGCAUGCUGCCCCGUCCCUGCGUCCAUUUCCCGAACGCGCCCGCGCGCAAGGUGCCAGCGACGGACGUCCCUUCGCUGCCGCUGCCCAAAGCGACGCCCCGCGUCUCCAACCCGUUCGCCAUGACCGCCCGCGUGCACAUGGCCGUCCACCACUUCAAGCAGCACCGAUCGCCUCGCACGACCGCGAUACUUGCCUCGCGGCCGACGCAGCUCAGCGACGAGUGCGACGCCGUCAAGCUGCGCCUCCCGGCCAUGCACUCACCAACCAAGCAGGACAAGAAGGGCCGUGCGGCCACGAGUCGCCCCGAGCUCUACCCGCGCCUCGACGCGCGGCCCGUGGUGGCCAUCGACGAAGCCGCGCUCGGCGACUACGCGACGCUGCGAGCGACCUUGGCGCGCAGCCCGGGGCGCCCCUUACCUCGCGUUGCCGCGCUCGAUCCACCGUCCAUGCGGUGAUUAAACAUACAAAAUGGAAUGGGCAAAGAAGACUCAUGUGAGGCGUGAA